CUGCCUGGUAUUUCAUCGUAUUACGCAAAAGUUUUCGGCAUUGUGAUGAAGUUCAUUGGAUUUGUGCUGAUUUUGUCCGCAGUGGUCGCAAUAGCGAAUGCGCUCAGCUUUACUGUAACAUCCCGGAUCUAUAUGGAUGUAAAGCAGAAGAAGCAGCCACUGGGCCGCAUCACGUUUGGCCUGUUUGGAAAGAUUGCGCCAAAGGCGGUGGCCAACUUUCGACACAUUUGCUUGCGUGGCAUUAAUGGCACCAGCUAUGUGGGCGCACCAUUUCAUCGGAUUGUGGAUCGGUUUCUGGUGCAGGGUGGCGAUAUAAUUGGUGGUGAUGGCACCGGCUCGAUCAGCAUCUAUGGCGACUAUUUUGAGGAUGAGGAGAAGGGUCUGAGCAUUGAGCACAAUCGUCCUGGCUAUCUGGGCAUGGCGAAUCGUGGCCCAAACACAAAUGGCUGUCAGUUCUAUGUGACAACUGUGGGUGCCAAGUGGCUGGAUGGCAAACAUACCGUCUUUGGCAAGGUGAUGGAUGGCAUGGAUACCGUAUAUGCCAUAGAAGAUGUGAAAACCGAUACGGAUGACUUUCCCAUCGAUCCCGUGCUGAUAACAAAUUGUGGUGAGCUGCCAACGGAACCAUUUGAGUUUUAUCCCGAUGAUUAUAAUAUACUGGGCUGGAUUAAGGCAGCGGGUUUGCCAGUAACUAGUUCGUUUUUAGUUCUACUCAUCUUCCACUAUUUUUUCCGUCAACUUAAUAUGUACUGCUGACCAAUGAUUUCAAUUUCUCAUUGCUUUAUUCAUGCACAUAUACAUUAAUUAUUAUAUAAUCACAUUAAUAUCGUUAAAUAAAAUGAGUGUCUAUAACUAUCGA